AUGAACAUUGAGGUUGGGAACGUGUCUUAUACAGGAGCCAUCAUCUCCUGGUCCUCCUCGGAGCCCUGCUUGGAGGACUAUUACCGUAUUAUGUACAGGCCCAACUGGAACAGCAUCUUCUCCGGCUAUCUGCGCUAUAGCUUCCAUCACGAGGAGAAGGUGCCUCGAACCAUCACUUCUGUGGCAUUGGAACACCUCGCUCCCUCCACUCUCUACUUCCUCUGCAUCAGCUGCAAGAAGGCUGCCUUCCCGUACAGUCACUACUGUACCAUGUUCCACACCCUGGAUAAGAGUCCGCUGGCUGCCAGGGGCUCCCUGGUGGACCCUCAAAUUUCUCUUUGGGUGCUGAUGGCCAUCCUGCUGGCCUGCUUCACUGCUGUGCUGGCCUUCAUCUGCCUCCAGUUCUGGUGCAUCCGUUGUCAUGAACCUCGGUGGUCUUACAGAGCUGGCCACAUGGAGGAAGCCAAUGGGUUGGUAAGAUGGCCCGAGGAAACCCCAGCUUUUGAUCAGAGGGAAGAAGACCUGCAGGGGUUCCCCCUGGAAGAACUGCCACGCAAGAACUCUGGGGCCAGAGCCGAAGCUGAACCAGAAGCUGAAGCCAGCCAAGAUGUCUUAGAUGUGGUGGCCUUAGCUAGAGAGGUUGGUGACCAACCAGCCAUACUGCCUCACUAUAGGGAGUGA